ACCCGCAGAUACGUCGCUCCGACGAUUGAAGUAGCAAGAGAAGAAUGCGCAUAUGAAUUGUCUAUGGGCCUGCGAUAUGAGUCCUAUUCAAGUUUCGUCUGUGCAGUAAUUCACAUAUGCAGAAUGUGUCAGGAAGCUAAGAGAUGGCUUGCUAAUGAUCACCAAUCAUGCGCGUAUCGUAAGCGCGCUUCCUUUUAGCAGCCCGUUACACCUUCUCCCGGUUGGUAGCUAGAAAGCACACACACUGCGUAUACUCUCGAGCAAUAGCACUUUGAAAACGCUCCCCGUCGGGCUCAUGGCUGCUCAAUUACACGCGUUUCUCACGAGUCGACCGUCAAAGAUCAAGCGGGCAACCUUUUUCGCUUUAUUCCUUUUUAUAUUUACCGUCGCAUAUUUCCACAACGAAUCAUCAGACCGCACUAUAGUGCAAUAUGUUCUGACGCCCAAAGGACGGAAGGCCUACGAAUGGCCAUUGGAGGACGGUAUAAUAGUGCCCAAAACUGGGCCCUCUCGUCGGCAUUACUUUACCACCUGGCGGUCGCGGGAAGACAAGAUUCCGAUCAAACUCGAUCUUACCCUUGGAACCUUCUUUUAUCAUCAUCCUGAAGAGUCAUUUCACAUCUGGUCGAACACGUUGAGUAACAACUCUAUCGCUUCGUAUCGCGAACUGGGAUACGACCUUCACAUUCAACAGUAUGAUUUCCCGACUCUUGCGAGACUAUGCGAUGUGUCGGGUAGUCUCGCUGCUUGGGCAGUAAAUGGCACCUUCUUAGCACCUGGAGCCCCUCAUUACAACACGCAUGAAUCAGAUUUCCUAAAAGUGUGCAUCAACUACAUUUACGGAGGCCUGUAUGUUGACGGGGACACAUUCUUCCUGGAUAGUUUUACUCCAGAUGACAUUCCCGCUGCUAUCUUUUUUAUCAGCGCGGACGAGAAACGUGGAGAUCGUUGUCCUCCAGCUCCGGAUCCCGUUACAUGUUCCGCCCCGCAUGUCAGACAGAUAGAAGAAGGAGGCCGACCAUAUUUAGUACCUAAUAGCGUUUGGUUCAAUAGCAACCCCUUUGUCCUGCCCCCCAAGUCGCCGUACGCGCAUGCAGUCCUCUCGAACAUGGAAGCGUUCACCGAUCCACACUGUUGGAACUGUAUCGGCCCGAGAUCCCAUUCGAAAGGUUAUGCCGAUCUUGUGGCGAAAGGAGACGCUUUGCUUCUUCCUCCCCUUCUCCGCUCCUGCGACAACCUGGCGGCAGAGCACAUUCCGUGGGUUGCCAAGGGCCGAUGGGAGGAGACUUGGGGGUUAUUUUCAGCUUGCCGAUGGAUCCAUAUGUUUUCGGCUGGCCGGCCAAUGGACAUCAACGAAAAUUCUGUGUUUGUAUCAUUGAUGCAAACGAAUUGCGUCCCUGAAAUUUGUUUGAAAUAUAUGCCAAAAACGCUGCGUAGUGGAUGAAUAUAGUGGGGGUUGUUAGGCGGUUCUGUAACUUGUAGAGUUAGGUUGAAGAGAUUAGUUUUGCUUCUGUCCCAAUGCGGCUCAUAUUCUCCCAUUUUGCCCAACCCAAUCUUGCUGUAAACAGAUUACAUUUUGGACAGUAUCCUGUGCUCUUU